AUGGCUGACGAUGGAAUGCUUUUGAACUUCGCUUUCAGCGAUAAUGUGAUUAAACCCGAGGCUAAAUUCAAGGGAGGAACAUGGCGGGCCCGCCUCUCAGCAAAGAAGCGUUCCCAGCACAAGCCCACCGGCGAUGGUGAACCAGGGCAACGAAAUGCGGACUCAAAGAACCCCAAUAAGAUUCAGAUCCCCGCCACCUUCAACAGACCCGCGAAGCGACAAAGGACCGACGAUUCCACCGCUCCUGGCGGCCGGCCUAACCACCGAUCACACUCUCAACAACAGCCACGCCGGCAUCCUGGCCAAUUCGCCUCCUCGCUUUUCACCAGCAACCCGGAAUCUAAAACUGCCGACGAGCCCAAACCUGAAGAAGUGGUGGAAGAGGCGCAGCCGACAAAUGCUGCUUUGAUUGAUGGUAUCGAUACUUUUACCAGUCUGGGCUUGUCGCCCAGUUUGGCAGCACACUUGCUCACCAAACUGGAGCUGAAGGCACCGACUGCGAUUCAAAAGGCUUCAAUUGAGCAAUUGUUGAAGGAAGAGACGGAUGCGUUCAUUCAGGCUGAGACCGGUUCAGGAAAGACUCUUGCUUAUUUGCUUCCGCUGGUCCAACGAAUCAUGGAUCUCUCGAAGGCGGCAGAGAAGGAGGGUAUUCACCGAGACAGACAAGGUGUUCAUCGAGAUAGUGGUCUUUUCGCGAUCAUUCUUGCACCCACCCGUGAAUUGUGCAAGCAGAUUUCUGUCGUUUUGGAGAACCUCCUGCGAUGCGCGAACUGGCUCGUCUGUGGUACGGUGAUUGGUGGAGAGAAAAAGAAAUCCGAGAAGGCUCGUCUAAGGAAAGGUCUCAAUAUCUUGGUCGCCACUCCCGGACGUCUGGCAGAUCAUUUGCUCAACACACAAGUUCUCGAUGUCAGCAAUGUGCGUUGGCUGGUCUUGGACGAGGGUGAUCGUUUGAUGGAUUUGGGUUUCGAAGAGGAGUUGCAGGGUAUCGUCAAAAAGCUUGACGAGAGACAGCAGGCCAGCCACAUUCCUGGUAUUCCGACACGGAGGACUACAGUUCUCUGUUCAGCUACAUUGAAAAUGAACGUACAACGUCUAGGAGAGAUCAGUUUGAAGGAUGCAAUCCAUAUUAAGGCGGACCCAUCAGAUGAGGAUGGGGAAGCUCGCACCGACAAUGCAGAGGAAUCCUUCCGCGUGCCAGCUCAGCUGAAGCAAUCCUAUGCUAUUGUGCCCGCGAAGCUGCGUCUGGUAUCAUUGACUGCCUACCUCAAACGAACAUUCGUUCGGAAAGGUUCCGUCAUGAAGGUGAUUGUUUUCGUUUCUUGUGCCGAUUCGGUCGAUUUCCUCUUCGAGGUAUUCUCCAGAAAGUAUGGCACAAGAAUUCCAAAGUCCAAACAUAAUGAUGAAGAUGAAGAGGAAAAAGAAAAAUUGAAAGAAGAAGAGAAGCAAGAACGCGAGAAGCUCUCUCCUCAUGGCACUAUUGCUCCUGCCGAGUCCUUUUCCACGCCCACAAAUCCCGUCACUAUUCAUCGACUACACGGUUCGCUGCCACAGCACGUUCGAACCGCCACCCUUGGUUCCUUCUCCAAGGGCAGUGAUGCCUCAGUGAUGAUUUGUACUGAUGUUGCCUCCCGUGGUUUGGAUCUUCCCAACGUCGACUUGGUCAUUGAAUAUGAUCCCGCGUUCAGUUCCGACGAUCACACUCACCGUAUCGGUCGUACCGCCCGUUUGGGCCGCGACGGACGUGCCUGUAUUUUCCUCCAGCCCGGUUGUGAAGAGAACUACGUUGAGAUCCUCAAACGUGGCUACCGCGACGGAGGCAAGGCCCUUACCCGCACCGACGCGAACGAAAUCUUGAAACGUGGUUUUGGUGCCACUGCCGAAUCAACAAGCAAGAACUGGGAAGAGAAGACCACCGACUGGCAGAUGGAUGUUGAGCGCUGGGCUCUCGAUAACCCCGAGUAUCUGGAAAUGGCUCGUCGCGGAUUCCAAUCUCAUGUCCGUGCUUACGCGACUCAUAUUUCUGCUGAGCGAAGCAUGUUCGACAUCAAAGAACUUCACUUGGGACAUCUUGCCAAGGCCUUUGCUCUUCGUGACCGACCAGGUAAGAUUAAUGUGCCUGGUCUACGCCAAGGAAAGGAGGAUACGAAGAAGGACUUCAAGGCGGCUCGGAAUGGACCUGCUGGUGGUAAGAGGAAGGCCGAUGACAUGCCUUCUUCGAAUGCCGAUGAGGCAGCACGGAAGAUGAGAGCCAAGAUGAGAGAACAGCAUGCCGGUGCCAGUGAAUUCAACCUGGCUUGA